CAUCACGAUGACUCGUUGGCCCCGCCCCUAAGUGACGCAUGCGUGGAGGAUAUGUUCUUCGCAGCAAAGUCCUCCUUUACUCCACACACGCUUCUAAGCCUCGGCACAUCUACUAACUACACUUUAUUCAUCCUCCGUGUCAGCAUCAACUCCACUCGUCUCACUCAACUUUGGACAUUAUUAGGCCCGCUUAGAUUGCUCCUUGUUUGAGCGCGCUAGUUAGCUUAGCAUGCUAGUUAGCUUAGCUUGUUAGCCGCUAACAAAGAGACGCGGAUUUGAUCAACACAUCGCUUAGUUAAGAUCAAGUGUGAGUGUAAAGUGUUGUGAUUGUGUGAAAAUGUGUGAAAGAACCAUAGCAGAGUACGAGGAGGAACUUUGUCCAACUAAAGAGGAGAAGGAGCGACCACAUCAAAAACCUCAAGUUGUGUUACACAGAACAGAUGUCCAGCAGCCCCCUCACAUUAAAGAGGAAGAGGAGAAUCCACAGCCCCCUCACAUUAAAGAGGAAGAGGAGAAUCCACAGCCCCCCCACAUUAAAGAGGAAGAGGAGGAAGUGUGGAUGAGUCAGGAGGGAGAGUGUCCUGUAGGGCAGGAGGAGGCUGAUGUCAGCAAGUUUCCACUGACUGUUGUCUCUGUGAAGACUGAAGAGCAUGAAGACAAACCACCUGAGUCCUCACAGCUUCAUCACAGUCCAAGUAAGCACAACAUUUUAUUCUCAGGGCAUUCAAUCCAUCACAACUGGACUCUUCACUUGGUCUUACAAGACCUUUGUCCUCUCAUCCAAGUAGGCUUCAUCACUUCAUGCUCAUACACUUCAAGUCUUAAAUCUAAUCAUUGGAAUUUAGAGGAGAACUGCACUUUUUUGAGGAAUUUUUCUAUCGUUCACAAUCAUUAUAAAAGACAUGAUGGUGGAUAUAUAAAAAAAAAAAAAUCCCAUUCUAACUAGGGCUGGGCGAUAUGGCCUUUUAAUAAUAUCUCAAUAUUUUUAGUCCACAUCACGAUACAGCAUAUAUAUGUGGAUAUUUUGCCUUAGCCUUGAAUGAACACUUGAUGCAUAUAAUCACAGCAGUAUGAUGAUUCUAUGUGUCUACAUUCAAACAUUCUUCUUCAUACUGCAUUCAUAUAUGCUACUUUUAAACUUUCAUGCAGAGAGGGAAACCACAACUAAGUCAAAUUAGCAAAAGUGUAUUUAUUAAACAGUUAUUAAGCAGUGGCACAAACAUUCAUGUCAUUUCCAAAGCAAAAAGUGCAAGAUUGUCAGAGACAUUUUAAAACAAGCUAUGAGUGCACUUUUGUGAAUGAUGUCACUAAGAUGACUUAUCAAAACAACACUAUAUUAAAGUGCACUUGUUGUACAGAACACCACUACAAUAGUUUAAAACAAAUAAAGUGCACUUUUGUGCAUGAUGUCACACAAGAUAUAUCAAUAAGUGUCAAAUAAAAAUGUGCUGCAUAAUAGGAAAUCAAAUAGUGUAUGUCCUUCACUAUGUGGUAGGUUCCUGCGGACGUUAUCUCCUUCUGUUGUUGACCA